UCUCUACAAUCUUUAUAAACCGAACAAAGGUACCAGCUCCGGCAACGGCUACCGUCGCAUCUGACCUGAAGUAUUUAACGCUCUGAAAAUUGGGAGAAACUUAUUAAGUUAUCGUGGUGAGGUUAUAAUGGCGGUUUACCGAAGUUCUCGUCUUGAAUUCGAGUUUGAGAGGUUUCUCUCUCGGUGUCCCAAACUUGCAUCUGUUCCAAGGCUCACUUCGCUCUUAAAAGAGGGACACUCGCUGACAGAGGAAGAAGUGAUAAAUUCGGUAGCUGAGAUUUUUCUGAACCCGAACUACACAAUUCCAUUAUUGGGUUGUUUUCGUUUUAUCGCUCAGAAGAUUGUGGAUAGGGCUGUGGCGUUGCUUCGCCUGGUGCCUGAUUUGACAUCCAAUUCUGAUGUACCCAUGGUGGAAUCCGAAGAAAAUGAAAUCCUUAGAGAAACUGGAAAUUUGGAUGAUGUGGUUGGAGUUAUUGACGUGUAUAUUAGAAGUGGGAGGACCUUAGUUCUUCAUGAGCUUGCUUGUCUGGCCUUUUGUCGGGCUCUGGAUUUGGCACCUUUUCUGUUGGGGUCUGUGCUGAGCUAUUUUAAAUUUGCUCCUCCUCCUUUUGAACGGACUAUUGCGAGAAAAUCUAUUUCUGAGUUAUCUGUAAAGACUGGAACCCAAUAUUUAUUAAAUGUUAUCCGAGCAUCAUACCGCCUCCUCUUGGCACGACCUGAAGUUUUUGCCACACUUUGGGACUGGUCCUGUUUUUUAGACCUUGGGCUGCAAUCUGCAGAUCUUGACCCAGGUGGUGAUGCUGAGUUGUAUAAGAAUGUUUCAGACAUGAAGUGGUGUGGGAUACAGAUCCUGUCUGUAGUUCUCAAAAUAGGUGAUAGAGCAACCUGCAACAUUGGUCUUGGGCCGGAAGAAGCUUUUGCAUGUUUAUUGCGCUGGCAGGAAUUCUGUCAGGACGUGUCAUUAGAGAAAGCUGGCUGGUAUCUUGAACCACUUUCGCAUGAGGCGUCCCCUUCUGCUGACGGAAACAAUAAUAUCAGUCAAGAAAAUAAACUUUGGACUUCUGCUCCUGCUUUUGCAGCUCCUUCCUCGUCAUUGUUUCCUGAGAUUGGGCCAUCACAUGGGAAUAGAAGCUUGGCUUCACGGACUGUGACAUCCAAUCGACAUGCUUUUUUCUUGACGUCUACUAUGAAGAAAAGUUUUGAGAUAGUUCAGUUGGCAGUGGACCAAAAGUGGCCUGUUCUUCUUUAUGGCCCUCCUGGUGCGGGGAAAACAAAACUAAUCAACAAAUUAUCUUCGGAUAGUGGAAGUCAGGUUUUAUCAAUUCACAUGGAUGAGCAAAUUGAUGGCAAAACAUUGAUUGGAAGUUAUGUUUGUUCGGAGAAACCUGGUGAAUUUAGAUGGCAGCCUGGUUCUCUUACUCAGGCUAUUAUCAAUGGAAUUUGGGUUGUUUUUGAGGAUAUUGAUAAAGCUCCGUCUGAUGUGCAAUCCAUCUUGUUGCCUUUAUUGGAAGGUGCAAGUUCAUUCUUAACUGGCCAUGGGGAGGUGGUAAGGGUGGCAGAUGGCUUUCGACUGUUUGCCACAGUGUCGCGUUCAAAGUUUGAUACUUCUCAUGCUACAGAAGUAGGUCAGAGUGCUCUUGGUGCUCUUUGGAGGAGAGUGAUGAUUGGAACCCAGAGUAGUGAUGACUUGAUUAGCAUAGUGAAAGCACGCUAUCCAGAUUUGGAUUCACUGGCUGAGAGACUCAUUGAGACUUUUGAUAGGGUUAAUCAGCUCACAAGAUGUCAGUUUGGAAUUUCUACUUCUUCCAGUUCUCUCAGCAGAUUCUCCCUAAGGGAUCUAAUGAAAUGGUGCAAGAGGAUUGAUGCUCUGGGUUUUAGCAUCGGUGGGGAUGGUCUGUCAACUUAUGUGUGUAGCUGUAUUUAUAAAGAGGCUGUAGACAUUUUUGCAUCUUUCACAACUUCCGUGGAUAAUCGGCUGAAUAUCAUGAAAUGCAUUGCGAAGAUGUGGUCACUGCCCAUUUCUGCUGCAGAGACUUUGUAUCCUGUUAAUAAGCCAGUGAUCCAGGAGCUGCGCUCAGAUUUACAUAUUGGACGAAUUACUCUCCAACACGCUCAAAAAGCAUUCCAUUAUGAGAGAAAACCUUUUGUUGAAAUUCGUAGUGCGAUACAUGUUCUUGAGAGGAUAGCUUCCUCUGUUAAGUUAAGUGAGCCUGUUCUUUUGGUGGGUGAAACUGGUACUGGGAAAACUACUCUUGUGCAGAGCCUGGCCUUGAGAUUGGGUCAGAAACUUACUGUCUUGAAUUUAAGCCAGCAAAGUGAUGUUGCUGAUUUGUUAGGAGGAUUUAAACCUAUGAAUGCACAAUUUGUAUGCGUUCCUCUUUAUAAGGAGUUUGAUAAUCUUUUCACCAGCACAUUUCCUUCAAAGGAUAAUGAGGAUUUUCUUGUUCGUCUAAAGAAAUUUGUGAACGAUAAGAACUGGAAGAUGUUAUUAAGUGGAUUUCAAAAGGGUGUUCGGAAGAUACUUGAAAUAGGAAGAUCUGGACCUGGUACCAAGCGAAAAAGACCUUUAGGAGAAGAACUACUGAAAGCUUGGGAAGGUUUUUCUUUGAAACUGGAAACUGCUCGUGCACAAAUCAAUGAUUCAGCUGGAAUGAUAUUUUCAUUCGUAGAGGGAGCUUUCGUGACUGCUCUUAGAAAUGGCGAGUGGAUUUUGCUCGAUGAGGUGAAUUUGGCGCCUCCGGAGACAUUGCAGAGAGUUAUUGGUGUUCUUGAAGAAGAGAACAGUUCACUCUGUUUAGCUGAAAGAGGUGAUAUUGAUUAUGUCCAUAGACAUCCCAACUUCCGUAUAUUUGCUUGCAUGAAUCCUGCCACUGAUGCUGGAAAGAGAGAUUUGCCCUACUCGUUGCGGAGCAGAUUUACAGAAUACUUUGUAGAUGACGUGUUAGAAGACGAAGAUUUAAUUAUGUUUAUAAAUCAAUUUAUGGAUGAGAGUCAUUCAGAUGUUGAAAUCGUUAUGCAAAUAGUCCGUUUCUAUAAAGCUGCUAAGAAGGAAUCUGAAGAAAGGCUGCAGGAUGGGGCCAAUCAGAAGCCCCAAUACAGUUUAAGGUCUCUUUAUCGUGCACUAGAAUACACAAAGAAGGCAAGAAGAAAGUUUGGAUUUCUGAAAGCCCUCUAUGACGGAUUUUGUAUGUUUUUCCUGACUUUAUUGGAUGGGGCUAGUGCUAAGUUAAUGAACCAAAUGAUUUCAUCAUUUUUGCUGGGAGGAAACAUACCGCCACAUGUCCCUUUCAAUGGUUACUUGAUAGUUGGGAAUAACUCCAAGUUGGAUAAUUUGUCAGAGGACUAUGUCCUGACUAAGAGCGUUAAGGAGCACUUAAAAAACCUGGCGCGUGCUAUAUUUGUUGGAAGAUAUCCUGUUCUUCUACAGGGGCCCACGUCUAGUGGUAAGACUAGCCUUGUUCAGUAUCUUGCUGAAAUAACUGGUCAUGAAUUUGUACGGAUCAAUAACCACGAACACACAGAUCUUCAAGAAUAUCUGGGGUCUUACAUCACUGAUGCUAGUGGGAGGUUGACAUUCCAUGAAGGCGUAUUGGUUAAGGCUGUUCGGAAAGGGUACUGGAUAGUUCUGGAUGAGCUUAACCUGGCUCCAUCUGAUGUGCUAGAAGCAUUGAACAGGUUGCUAGAUGACAAUAGGGAACUAUUUAUACCUGAACUACAUGAAACUAUUCGUGCGCAUCCUGGUUUUAUGCUGUUUGCUACUCAAAAUCCGCCUACUUUUUAUGGCGGGCGUAAAAUGCUUUCUCGAGCAUUUCGUAACCGAUUUGUGGAGGUCCAUGUUGAUGAAAUCCCUGAAGGAGAGUUGAGUGGAAUAUUGGAGAAGAGGUGCAAGAUUCCAGAAAGCUAUGCCAAGAAAAUGGUUGAAGUUAUGAAGGAGUUGCAGUUGCAUAGGCAGAGUAGUAAAGUUUUUGCAGGGAAACACGGGUUUAUAACCCCACGUGACUUGUUUCGGUGGGCUGAUCGUUUCCGGACAUUUGGUAAUUCCUACGAAGAUUUAGCCCGCGAUGGUUAUUUUUUGUUGGCAGAGAGGCUGAGAGACGAGUCUGAGAAAAUUGUUGUUCAAGACGUUCUGGAGAGGCAGCUCCGUGUUAAACUUACCAUGGAUAGUCUCUACCAGAAGGAUCCAACAGGAAGAGACAAGAUCUUAAGCGUACGCUAUGGCUCGGGAAACAUCGCCUGGACUGAAAGUAUGUGGAGGCUAUACUUUCUUAUCGAACGGUGUUACAAGAUGCGCGAACCUGUCCUCCUUGUUGGUGAAACAGGUGGUGGGAAGACUACUGUCUGCCAGUUACUUAGCAUCGUGUUAGGUUCCACAUUACACAUUUUGAACUGCCAUCAAUACACAGAGACAUCUGAUUUUCUUGGGGGUUAUUUUCCUGUACGAGAGAGAUCAAGAAUUGCUUCAGAGUUUAAAAAUCUAUGCGAGCAGUUAAUGCUGUCGAAGGCUUUUGUCUACUUUCCUGGUGCUGCUAAAAUAUCUGCAGAUAUUGGUGAAGCUUCUACGACUAUCGAUCAGCUGAAUGUAGUCAUAAAUAGUUACAGAGAGGGUCUGGUCUCCCAUCCUGACAUUACUCUAGAAGAUCUUGAUUCAAUUGAAAUACUGAAUCUGCACCUAUCUCAGCUGCAUCAGAAGUGGCAGACCAUUUUUAUGUGGCAAGAUGGACCACUUGUACAAGCAAUGAAGAAUGGUGACCUCUUGCUUGUGGAUGAAAUCUCUUUGGCAGAUGAUAGUGUGCUCGAAAGAUUAAACAGUGUCUUGGAGCCAGAAAGGAAAUUGUCUCUUGCUGAGAAAGGAGGUCUUGAUCUUGAGAAAAUAACGGCUCAUCCUGACUUUAUGAUUCUUGCAACAAUGAAUCCUGGUGGUGAUUAUGGGAAGAAGGAACUAUCUCCUGCCCUUCGUAAUCGAUUUACAGAGAUAUGGGUUCCUCCUGUCAAUGACCUAAAUGAGCUGAGAACUAUCGCUUUACAGAGAAUUUCAGAACCGGGCCGAUCUUAUGUUGUUGAUUCUAUGCUAAAUUUUUGGCAGUGGUUCAAUCAGUUGCAAACAGGGAGAACACUUACUGUUAGAGAUCUUUUGUCCUGGUUGGCGUUUAUUGAUGCAACUGAGGGGAGUUUACCCCCUGAAGAUGCAUUAUUACACGGGGCUUUCCUUGUUUUGCUUGAUGGAAUAAGUUUAGGUUCAGCUAUUUCUAAAGGCUAUGCUGGAGAGCUGAGGGAAAGAUGCCUGUCCUUUCUUCUGGAACAACUAAAGAUGUCCUGUUCUAGUUUGGAUUAUUCGGACCUUUCCAUAAUGGCAAACUAUGGUUGGAGUGAUCUAAGAAGUUCUGCAGACACUUCGUGUGGUGAUAAUAUGCAAUGUGACAAUCUCUUUGGAAUUCAUCCUUUCUACAUUGCUAAUGGUGAUGAUGUUGUCGAGAAAGGCAAAUUUGAGUUUGUGGCACCAACAACUCGCAGAAAUACCUUGCGGGUACUGCGUGCUUUGCAGCUUCCAAAACCUGUUUUGUUGGAGGGAAGUCCAGGAGUGGGAAAAACAAGCUUAAUUGAAGCCAUUGGCAAAUUUUCUGGGCAUACUGUUGUACGGAUAAACUUAUCUGAGCAGACUGACAUAAUGGAUUUGUUGGGGUCAGACUUGCCUGUUGAAAGUGAUGAAGGAAUGCAGUUUGCAUGGCAUGAUGGAAUCCUUUUGGAGGCUCUAAAGAAGGGAUCUUGGGUUCUGCUGGAUGAACUUAAUCUUGCUCCACAAUCUGUUUUAGAGGGUUUAAAUGCAAUAUUAGAUCAUCGAGCCGAGGUUUUCAUCCCGGAGUUGGGUGUUACUUUUAAGUGCCCACCAUCUUUCAGAAUUUUUGCUUGUCAAAACCCCUCUGCUCAGGGCGGAGGCCGUAAAGGGCUUCCCAAGUCCUUUCUUAACCGUUUUACAAAGGUUUACGUGGAUGAGUUGACCGACGGUGACUAUGAAUUCAUCUGUCGUUCACUCUACCCCUCAAUUCCGGAAUCUUUGCUUCGCCACUUGAUUUCAUUUAACAAGAGACUGCAUGAAGAUACCAUGUUGCACCUUAAAUUUGCUCAAGAGGGUUCCCCUUGGGAGUUCAAUCUUCGAGAUGUGAUUCGUUCGUGCCAGAUUAUACAAGGUGCACCUGAAGGAUCAAAACAAGACUGCUUCCUUAAUAUCAUUUAUGUCCUAAGAAUGCGUACAGCAGAUGACCGCAGAAAGGUUGUCCAACUUUAUGAGGAAGUUUUUGGACACAAGGCAUUUUUGAAUCCCUACCCACGUGUGCAACUCAAUCCUCAGUAUUUGGUUGUUGGAAACUCUCAUAUCAAGAGGAAUCAUUCUCAGUCUUCCAAAUCAUCUAAUAGUGAGCUUAAGAUUUUACCCGGAUUACGUCACAACCUUGAGGCUGCUGCACUUUGUGUGCAGCAUGAGUGGUUGAGCAUAUUGGUUGGUCCUUCAUCUUCUGGUAAGACUUCAUUGAUAAGGUUGCUCGCACAGCUUACUGGCAAUGUACUAAAUGAAAUAAGUCUUUCAUCUGCAUCUGAUAUAACUGACUUACUUGGAUCCUUUGAGCAAUAUAAUGCCUUUCGGCAUUUUCAGUUGGCUAUUACUCGAGUUGAGUGUUAUGUAAGUGAGUACUGCAGCCUGCAACUGGAAUCUUCGGCAAAGGAAUUUCUAAAGAGAAGAAAAGACCUGAUGACCCGAUGGCUUGCCUUCUUAUCAAGCAUUGGUUGUGGUCCUACAACGAGUCCAAAUUUGAACGCUGAUCAUUGGAGGACAAGGUCCUUUGGUUCUGUUCCUUUGUUAGUUGAGAUCAUUGAAAAUCUAAAGUCGGACCUCGCAGCAAACAGAUUACCGAUAUCUUGGUCAUUCAAGGAUCUGGAUAGAACAUUGACGAUAAUCACAAAGUUGCAUGGGGAUUACCAUAGAAGGGCAUAUUCGGCAAAAUUUGAAUGGGUAACCGGAGUACUUGUGAAGGCUAUAGAAAAUGGUGAAUGGAUUGUUCUAGAGAAUGCCAAUCUUUGCAAUCCCACAGUUCUUGAUAGGAUCAACUCUUUGGUUGAGCCACAUGGAUCAAUCACUGUCAAUGAAUGCGGAAGUGUAGACGGCAAGCCAUUGGUUCUCCGUCCCCAUCCCAAGUUUCGGAUGUUUCUCACCGUCAACCCUAGAUAUGGUGAAGUAUCGCGGGCAAUGCGAAAUAGAGGUGUUGAAAUAUUUGUGAUGCAGCCAUGUUGGAUGCUUGAUGGUGGAAGUGGUGACAAUUGUGACGAGAGUGAACUUAAAGAUGUGAAAAGGUUUCUCAUUCUCUCUGGUAUCCCUGUACCUAGGAUGGUUGAUUCGAUGGCCAAAGCCCACAUUUAUGCUAAGGUUGAAGGUUCGCGCCUUAAUGUUAAGAUUACGUAUCUUGAGCUUGUACGCUGGGUGCAAUUGUUUCACCGGCUUCUCACAAAUGGUAAUUGGCCAGUCUGGAGCCUGCACAUAAGUUGGGAACAUACCUAUUUUUCAUCUCUGGGGGAGGCUGAGGGAAAGGAUAUUGUUACUUAUGCAAUGAUUUCUUAUUUAUCAGUAGGUGAACUUUACAAACUUGAAUCACCUCAAGGACAUUCAUUGUGCUUACCAGGAGGAUGGCCGACACCUUUGAAAUUAAGAGACUAUGUGUGGUACUCAAACGAAGCUUCUGUCAAACAAAAUUGCAUGUAUCUCGAGUUUUUGGGGGCUCGGAAUGCAUCCUAUACAUUUCGUUCUACUUGGGAUCAGGGCCCAGUAGAAAAGGCCCUAAGUGCAACCGGAUCUUUGGGGCCUUGCUUGCUGGAUGCGAAAAUAUUGCAUAUUAUGAUGUUCCCAAACUAUGUGAAUGAGAUUACUGCUCUGUAUAGUGGGCUAACAGAAAAUAAUUUUGCCCUUGUUGGGAAAAAACUCAUGUUUGCUGCCAACUGGACUGUUGAGCAAGCCUCUGAAAAUGAUAUUAAGCUAUACCUACUCUGGUUUUGUUGGUUUGCUUCUCGGCUACAUCCUUUUUGCAACUUCUUUAAUAGUUUUCUGGAUCUAUUGAAAAAGGAACUCAAGCAUCCAAUAUGGAAUUGUAUAAAGCGUUGCCGCCGUGAGCUUAUGUCGCAUCAUGAAGUAAAUUUAGAAUCCAGACCAAUACCAAUGCUUUCCAAAGAAUUGGUUGACUUAUUUCCGUCAAGUGAUGUGCCAAAAUCCGCCAGAGAACAUCUCCUUAAAGCAAUAGACUGUGUACCCCUUUUGAGGAUUAGCUUUCAACAAUGGCAUGCUGAGAGCGAUUUUGACUUCAGUGAAAAAAAUUCCUGUCUUGAACCUGUUUUGAGAUCCUUAAGUAGAGUGGAAGAGAGAGUCCUUAAUAUUCUGGUCGACUCUCCUUCUUUCGAUGUGCUUUUUCAACUUUACUCAGACCUCCUUGAAGACCACAUAUCAUUUUGGAAAGGUACCACCUCAUCCAAGUUUGAGAUGUCACUAAUUUCUUGGCGUUCUUUGACCAAGAAUAUAGCAAAAUUGCAUGCAUUCUGCCCUAGAGAAGUUCAAGAGUUUCAGGUGGAAGGGGAGAAUUUGGGUAGAGUUUCAUCUUGGUGUCUCCAUUCACAAAAGUCCUUGCUAUGGGUUCACGGAGGUCAUCCAUCUCUGCCUUAUUCUGCUGAUCUGUAUCAGAAGCAGCAGCAACUUUUCAAUUUCUGUGAAGUGAUUUGGCCAAGAAAUACAAAAUCGCGGAGGGAAGCUUUGUACGAUUGUCUCAUUGAGGCUGCUGUAUCAUCGAUUCCUGUACUUCGCCACCUCGCAAUGGAAGCCGUUGGAAUGUCAUCAUAUAUUUUGGGCGAAGAUCGUGAUGACGAGCUCCAUAUUGUUCAGCAGUUGGAGGAGAUGUAUCAGAUGCUUUUGACAAGGUUUGAUUGUGAAAAGAAAAUUUUGGAGGAUGCUGUCGUGAGCACUAAGCAUGCGCAUCCAGUUGCAAAUUUAGCUGCUUGUUGCUGUUUCCCCCCUUAUUUGUUGUGUAGAAGGUCUGGAUUAGAUAGUUGGCAAGACACUCUUCCUAUAAUUGACAACACCAGUUUUGAAUUGGAUAUGGAGCUACUUCAAGAGCUAUCACGGAUUGUGUUGGUUGAGGCAGAAGAAUUACAACUUGCUUUGUCUAACUUCUCUGACCUUUUGAAGACAACCUUGGACUUGUCCUUGAACUUCUCAUCACGACCUCCAACUGACUUCUUGCCACAUCAAAAAAUCUUAUGGACUCUGGACGCACUGACAUCUGUCCAUGCAGAAAAUCCAAAAAUUUCUAGUUUUGUCCUCGAAAUGUGGUUUAGUUGGCACUCUUUUUUGUGGACCAUUCAGCCUGUGUUGGCUAAGAACAUUGCGAGAAUGGAUGGUAAUGCAAUCUCACUACCUCAUAUGCUUUUCCAGCCUGUGAGAAUGGCAACAAUUGACCGACUUCUGCAAAUCACAUUACCUAUCAAAGACUAUUCGAUGCACUGCCUGAAAAUUAGAGCUGCUUCAAGUACUUUGUGGCAAAGUUGUCCGGUAGUUACUAAUGUGCAAACUUUCCUUUUAUCCACGGCUCGGUCUCUCUUCCAGCAGAUAAUAUAUGCCCACAGAAAGUCAUUUAGAGCUGAUAAGUAUGCUGCCAUCAAAGCUAUUCUUUCUUCCUUUCAGAAAAGUAUGACAACGGAUAACAUAGAGGUUUUGCUUUCCCUGCUUACAUCGUCGAGCCACCAUGGAUUCGCCUCCUUGGUGAAUUCUGUCAUUGAACCAUUGGUUGGAGAACUUUAUCUUCAAUGCUCAUCUUCUGACCGUGUAUAUAACUUGGGAUGUGCAUGGUUAAGACUUGGGAGCUUACGUUAUCGUCUCUUGAUUACCUUUGAUGAUCUGGAUCCUGCUAUGAAGUACUCUUGCAAGUACUUGAUGUUGGUUGAAAAGAUUGCUUUGCUUCAACUUGAAAAUGAGGUACGAGAUGAGAGUGCUUAUUUUGCUGGAUGUCUAUCAUGGGGAAAGCCUGACAAACAAAGAAUGAAAUUGGAAAACCUCAAAGCUGAGUGUAAAAGGCUUAAACAUAAGAUUGUGUUUCGUUCUAAUCCUGGAAAGUUCGUAAAGUUAAAAUAUGAAUGUGAGGAGUUUCUUAAACGGAUUUCAAUUUCAAAUGAUCUGAUAAAAGAUGUUGGCAGUGUGGACAAGCAACAAAUUGACAACUGGCAGGAAACAGCAACCUGUUUUAUAGAUCAGUUAUCAAACGAAUAUGCUGCCUAUGUCGAUAUUAUUCAACCAGUUCAGGUUGCAUUAUAUGAAAUGAAACUUGGGUUAUCGCUGCUUCUGUCAAGUACCAUACAGAAAAAAGCUCUGUAUGGAAUUGGACAGGAGACAAUUUAUUCCUUCAUGAGAUUUCCUAGGGUCUUCUUAGCUGAAUCUGCGUCUGUCAAGAUCAAUAUUGGGUUGGCCAGGGUUCCUUCUUGUGAUGUAGGUGUCCCUAUUGACAUAUCGAGAAUGGAUAUGAAUUUGCUGGAAAAUUUGGCUACUUCAGCAACAGAUGAUAGAUCAGAUAAGAUGGUUUCGGACAUACAGCUUAAACUUUCCAUACAUCACAAUGUUCUUCUCCGUGUUGCACAUUGUAUUGCUGAGGUCCAAUUGCUGGAUAAUGCUUCUUUUACACUCUUGGACAAGAUAUUUGAUAAGUUUGCUAGUCUUUGGAUGAAUAUGAAAGUUAAAGUGAGGACCAAACAAGAGCAUGAAGCUCAGCAAUUCAGGUUCAAGCCUCGUGCAUUUAAGAUUGAUAGUAUCAUUGAAAGUGAUACAUCAAGUCCAGUUGGUUCCUUAGCAAAUGAGACUCAAACAGAAUGGCAGGAGUGGCUUUCUGAAGAAGUUGUCGCUGGCAAGAAAUCUGAAGAGGAAGACGAUGCUCUGGAGGAAUGGAACUCAAUGCAGGACUCCAUCAUGAACAAUAUGGUGCAUGUUCACAACCAAUUAUUUGGGUCCAUGGAUCUUGUUCAAACUCCUAGAAUUUUCAAGGUGUCUGAUGAAGAACGGUUGUCAUCCUUCAUUGAGUCAUACACGCUGGGAGUGAGAAUGAUUAGAUGUUUAGAGGGAUCAUUAUCAUCUGAUUUGGAUGCUAAGCUUGCGCCUGAACAUUUAUUCCGCCUUUGUUUGGAGCGUGAACAGAAAUUCAAUUUCUCUCAUCAAUCAGCUCAUGGAUACAACUUUUACAAGGAUCCAAAUGCUCCUGUGAUGGCGAAGAUGGUGGAGCGGGUUACAAUUCUUCAAGAGCGAAUCACAUUUCUCUUAAAUGAAUGGGAUGAUCAUCCUGCUCUUCAGAAAAUCUUGGAUGUGAUUGAAAUGAUCUUGGCUAUUCCUUUAAGCACCCCAUUAGCUAAGGCUCUUUCUGGUUUGCAAUUCCUGCUUAAUAGGAUCCGGGUGCUACAGGAAACUGUUUCGAAAUUUCCCCUCUCUGGUGAACUGGAACCAAUUUUUCACUUGGUAUCCUCAUGGCAAAAGUUGGAGUUUGAGUCUUGGCCUGCCUUGCUGGAUGAAGUUCAAAUGCAAUUUGAGAUUAAUGCCGGGAAUCUGUGGUUUCCUUUAUAUUCAGUUCUUCAAAAUAGACAUCCUGCUGAUGUUGCUGAAUAUGAUAGAUCUACUAUCCAAAGUUUGGAGGAGUUCAUUCAAACAUCCAGUGUUGGUGAAUUCAGAACACGGCUUCAACUUCUUUUUGCUUUCCAUGGACAAAUCAGCACUGGAAUAUGUAGAGGGUCUUACUUAAGUCCUUGCCAUAUGGAAAAUUUGAAGAUUUUAUACAAUUUAUUUGGCUUCUAUGUGCAGUAUCUGCCAAUGGUAUUGGAGUACAUGGAAGAUAAGAGAAAAGGUAUCGAGGGGAAGUUGAAAGAACAUUCAAAGCUAUGUUGCUGGGAGAUUCACCAAAGCUACGUUUCUAUAGAGAAGUCAAAAAGCAGGAGGCAGAAACUUAAAGAUGUCAUACAAAAAUAUACUGAAGUAAUGCAACAUCCGGUAAUGUUUAUUAUCAACCAAGAAGCACCAGAAAGAGGGUUAAAACUGCCAUCUGCACUGCAAGGUCCUCAACGCCUCAUUGAGUCUUCUGACAAGAACAGGGAGAUGCUGAAUGUUGCAUGUGAUCAGACUCUGUUCAGAGAUAAGGACAGGGCUACAUGGUUUUCAGAUUGGAAAAGGAAAGUAGAUUGUGUUUUGCAAAAGUUGCUCCUUGAGAAGACACCUGAGUUUGAACUCUUAUAUUCCUCGGUGGUUGGAAGUACCAUCAGCCAAUUCUUAGCUUCCCAGUCUACAAGCAUUGUGUACCAGGAAGAACGCAAGCAAGUGUGGUCUACCAUUGGAAAUAUUUGUAGAACUGCAAUUGAUUGUAAUGAGCUUUGGAAGGAUGAAAACAAGAGCUUGGGGAAGAGGAGGGCUUUAGCCCACCUCCUGAAGCUAUUGGAUGGAUAUGGGUUGUCUAAGCACAGGUCCACAUUUUUGGAGGAUCAAUUGGAAUCCAAGCAACCAAAUCAGUGGCUUAUGCAGCCUUCAUAUAAGACGAAGCAUUUGUUGCUUACACAAGGUGGACUGUCAUCCAAGGAUUCAUUUUCUGCUACGGGCCAGCUUCCAAGUUUUCCCCAUGAAAGUUUGGAGAGCGAAUGGGAAUGGGAAACAGCAAACCGAUACUACUUUAAGAGCAUGGCUUCAGUCCACGUUUUGCAGCACAUUUGCCUCAAUUUCCAUAAAGACUUCACUCUUGAACAGGUUAACAGAUCAAAUUCUUUCCUUGACCAUCUUAUUGAAAUACAGCAGCAGCAACGGGCUGCCACAUAUGGUUUGGCCGACCAGCUGACGAGCUUAAGGAAAUGUGCGACACUUUUUGAAAAUCUAUUCUCCAGCUCCCUUUUCUGUGACACUGUUGCAAGUAGCGAGUGCUAUUUUGCACAGAACCAGCAUACCACAUAUAAUUGCAUGUGGCAACAAAAGCAACUACUUGGAACUUUGUGUUCUAUGUUGGUCGAAGAUUGUCUGCUGCUAAAAACAGUUGAAAGUACUCAUUUUAACACAUGCCAAAGUGUCAAAGGUGCCGCAAAUAGGGUUUGCAUUUUCCUUGAGAAGUUUAUUCCGGACUUUCAGAAAUCUAAGGAUUUACUGGAUAAUCUUCUGCUUGGCCGGGAAAGAGUUCUAACCUCAGUGACAGCACCUUUGUAUCCUUAUGUCAUUUCGAAGCAAAUGGAGCAGUUUGUCUUGCAGAAUUUCCAGAUGGUAAAAGAGUUUGAGAGGCAUCUGUGUGCUUUGCGCGAGCAAGAUGAGGAUAGAGGAUCUGUUAAAGAGGUUCUACUUGGUCGGUUUGAUGAUAUAUUAAAGAAGUUUGAUCUUUUGCAGGCUAGCUUACUAGAAGAAGAUUAUAAUGGGAACCUGCAAUCAAGACAUAAUGAGAACGGCACGGAUUGUCGCGCAGAAACUGUGCCCACACUUGAAGCUGGGUUUAGUGAAGCUGUCAAAGAAACUUAUAAGCAUAUUGUGGAGGCAUUUCACAGCAUAGGCACUUGGAAUAGCAUUGACACGUUUUCUGUAGAGUCACUUGGGAACAUCACUCUGUGGAAGGCUCUAUUUGAGACAUAUGUAGCGAAUCUGCGUUUAGACAUCAUAUCUGAUGCAGUAGUCAAGGCAAUUGAUUUUGCUGUAAAGCUUGUGAACGACUGCAAUGAAAGCCCCCAUCUCACUGUCCUAGUUGGAGCACAUAUGAAGCAUCUCUAUUCCCUAGUUGAUGCCGUAUUGAACUUUGGCCAAAGUCUUCUGCAUGAUUUCCUAGUUGUCCACAGAAUGGUAUCUAUAAUAACUCAUUUCCUUGCUGAGAUUUUUGCCUCGUUAUAUUCAAAAGGAUAUGGGAUCUGUAAUGAAGAAGCAAUGGAGGAAUCUAGCCUUGAUAAAACUCAAGAGGCAAAAGGCACAGGUAUGGGAGAGGGUGCAGGGCAAACUGAUGUCAGUGAUCAAAUAACUGACGAAGAUCAACUCCUUGGGGAUUCAGAAAAGCCGAAUGACGGACAAGCUGACUUAGGUGAAGUUCCCAGCAAAAACGACAAAGGUAUUGAGAUGGAACAGGAUUUUGCUGCUGAUACAUUUAGUGUUAGUGAGGAAUCAGGAGAUGACGAAGAUGAAGAUGGUGAGGAUGAGCAACUGGACUCUGCAAUGGGGGAAGCUGGUACCGAGAGCGAAAUCAUCGAUGAGAAACUCUGGGAUAAUAAGGAUGAUGAAGAAAACCCUAAGAACUCAAAAGACAAAUAUGAGUCUGGGCCUUCAGUCAAAGACACAGAUUCUAGUGGUAGAGAGCUUAGAGCAAAAGAAGAGUCAGAUUCCACCACUCCUGCCGAUGAAGCUGGAGAAAUUAACCCUAAUGAAUUUGACGAACACGACGAUCUCGACACUGCUGAGAAUAUGGAUGACAUGAACUUGGACAAAGGUGAAGCUUUUGCCGACCCUACGGGAUUGAAUGUUGAUGAACCUAACAAAGAAUCUGAAGAUAUUGAGAUGAAUGAACAAGAAAAUGCAGAUUCCGUAGAAGAUGCGGACCCAGAUGAGCUUGACGAGUCUGAUGAAAUUGCGAAUUGUGAUGAAGAGAAGAACGAGUCGAUGAAUGAAUGCCCAGAAAAGACUGAAGAUGAGGAACAAGGUGGAAAUAGUGAGAAGGAUUGGAUGGGUGGUACUAACGAAGAGGCUAAAGAGAUGGACUUGGUGGGGCCAGAGAAAGAUGUGCUUAAAUCAUCCACUUCUAACAAAACCGUUGACCAAGUGCCAAAUGCUGAAUCCACAACACAACCGAAGGGUGACUCUUGUGCGGCAGAUUUAAGAGAGAUUGCGCCAGAAGCUGUAGAAGCAAAGUGGUCUAAUACGAGUGACACUCAGAAUGACCUUGCUCCUAUGGAAGGCCAACAUAAUGCCUCUGAGGUUGAAAUCACAGUGCCUGACUCAUCAAAGAGAGGGAGAAUGAAUGAUGAUCAACAACCGCAAAAUCAGUCGCCUCAACAUCAUGAUUCUUCUUCAUCUCAGAAGCUCCAACCAAACCCUUGUCGUAACAUUGGUGAUGCGCUUGAGGAAUGGAAAGAAAGAGUCAAAGUGACGGUUGAUCUUCAGGAGAACAAGGUAGAGGCUCCAGAUGAUGUGGUAGAUGAGGAUGCAGACGAGUUUGGGUACACCUCCGAGUUUGAUAAGGGAACGGCUCAGGCGUUGGGUCCUGCUACAUCUGAACAGACGGACAAGAACAUCAAUGUUGACAUACCUGAUGAAGAUGGUAAGACAUUGAAUAGAGAAGAUCUUGACGAUAUGGAGAUUGAAAAUCAGGAUUCAGAAAGGCGUCCUGUUAAAACUUUGGCCUCCAACCCCACAGAGAAGAUUAAGGCACAGGUGGAGAUCCAACGGUUAGAGGAACCACCAGAAGAAUCCCAAGCAAUUCACAGCCAAAACGAAAGUAAUAGAAGCCUGUCAGAGAGUUUGGUGUCCUUGAAGAGAUCAUACAUGGCUGAGGACAUUGGCCAACUUGGUCAACUUUCCCUGCUAGACAGGGAGCUUGGGACUCCUCACAAUCUUGAGGAAAUUCCUCGUGAUGUUAAUGAAAAUGCUACUGUUCUCUGGAGAAAAUAUGAACUGCAGACAACGAGGCUGUCGCAGGAAUUAGCAGAACAGUUGCGUUUGGUCAUGGAGCCCACUCUAGCUAGCAAGCUCCAAGGUGAUUACAAGACUGGAAAAAGGAUUAAUAUGAAGAAGGUGAUCCCGUACAUUGCAAGCCAUUAUAGGAAAGAUAAGAUAUGGCUGAGACGGACCCGGCCCAACAAACGUGAUUAUCAAGUUGUCAUUGCCGUGGACGAUUCCCGUAGCAUGUCAGAGAGUCAGUGUGGUGAUGUUGCUAUUGAAGCUUUGGUGACGGUAUGCCGUGCGAUGUCUCAAUUGGAAGUGGGGAACUUGGCUGUUGCAAGCUUUGGGCAGAAGGGAAACAUUAGGGUACUCCAUGAAUUUGAUAAGCCAUUCACAGGAGAGGCCGGGGUCAAGAUGAUCUCAAGCUUGACAUUUAAGCAAGAGAAUACCAUAGCAGAUGAACCGGUGGUUGAUCUCUUGAAGUAUGUGAACAACAUGCUGGAUGUUGCAGUUGCUAAUGCACGACUCCCUUCAGGACAGAAUCCUCUGCAACAGCUUGUUCUGAUAAUAGCUGAUGGUCGGUUCCACGAAAAGGAAAACUUGAAGCGCUGCGUAAGGGAUGUCUUGAGUAGAAAGCGCAUGGUCGCAUUUCUGCUUCUUGAUAGCCCUCAAGAGUCCAUAAUGGAUCUCAUGGAAGCAUCAUUUCAGGGUGAAAAUAUGAAGUUUGCAAAGUACCUCGACUCAUUCCCCUUUCCGUACUAUAUAGUCCUCAAGAACAUAGAAGCACUUCCAAGAACCCUGGCCGAUUUAUUGAGACAGUGGUUUGAGCUAAUGCAAUACUCAAGAGACUAAUCAAUUAGAUGACACGGCUUCUUUCUUUUGUUUGAGAAAUACGGUUUGCUAAGUUAGCAAAUGGAACAGAAGCCCUUGCUUUAAGGGAUGCAUGCCUCUUCAUCAAGGCUUCUAUCCUACAGGAUUUCAUUGUUGAGGGUGAUAAUUCUAGUUUGAUUUCAUUAAGCGUUCCGGAGUUGGAUCCACCUUGGGAAGUUGCUACGGUUCUCUUGGAUUAUGUCUUUUAUAACCAAUUUGGGCUUGUUUAUGCAAUGGAUCCCAAGAGAAGAUAACGAGGCUGCACAUUGGCUUCAUCCGGGAAGGCAAGGGCUCUUGUGCAAGGAUGGGUGGUUUUGCCAACCCCUGAUCCUCUUCAGAUUCUUGCUGAGGGUAGGAAAGGAGUCCCUUAGUUUGGUAUGGUUUGGUUUGUUUUUGGCCUUCUGUCUUAGCCUUUGUUUGUUAUUUUCUUCUGUUUAGGUGUCUUUUGUUUCUUCUUUUGCUUAAAGGAUUUUGACAUUUUAAAAAUUAGCAAACGGAACAGUGCAUCCACAAAUAGAACACAUGUAUAGUGAAAGCGAGCGAGGAAAAAAGGGAAGAGAAAUGGCAGGCAUAAUGUAUAGCUGUUUCUGGCCGUGUAAAUAUUACAGUUUUGGUAAAUUUAUAUAUCAACCUGCCACAAUUCUUGAAAAAAAAGCGUUGUAUUUAAAAUCCUUGUUAUGUAGACCAGACAAACAUUUUGGAAAAACGAAUUGAUUGUA